AUGUCUUAAACAGAAAACAAUUAGAAGAAUACAAAAUUAGAGUUAUCAUCAAAAAAAUACAGAAUAAUCAGCUUAGAAGAUAAGUAAAAAAUAAUGAAAGUUUUGUAAUAUAAUAACACAAUCGAUACAUUAUCUACACUAAGUGCAUAAUAUAAUACAUCAAUAAAAAAUCUUAGAAGAUGGUAUAAUGAAGGUAUAAAUCGAAAACCAGGUUGUGGUAGAAAAAAACUUAAUUUAGAAGCAGAGAAGAAAUUAUGUCUCUGGAUUAUUGAAUAGAGUGCUAAAUAAGGUAAAAGAGUGAGAAGAACUUAAUUAAAAGACUAAGCAUUGUCUUUAUUUAAUGAUAAAUACUUUAAGGCUUCAAAAGCUUGGUAAGAUGAGUUUAUUAGAAACUAUGAUAUCAAAUAUUUAGUUAAUGAAAUUUUAUUUAAGAAAGGAAUGUUAAAUACUCUUUAAAAACAAAAAUUUUUAGAAAUGUUGGAUAAAAGAAAUGCAGAGACAAACUAAAAUAAUUCUGAUAAUACUUCAAGUUAAUAACAAGAUCUUAAUUAAUCACAAAUUCCUACCUCAAUUAAAUCUGAAGAGAAUAAUUAACAUUAUUAAACAAGUGCAUUUUGCUAAGAUGAUUAACAAUGGUUUUAAACACCAUAAUUUGAUGUUAAAUUUGAAGAAUCAUUUAAUUAAUAAGUAGAGUUAUCUAUUAAUCUUUUGAAUGAUGAUUCCUGGGAUUAUAAAAUCAAUUAAGAUGAAUCAUAAGUAUCUGAGUAUGUUGGAUUUAUUAGUAAAUAAAGAAAAAAACAAUUGAAAAAGAAAACAAUAUAUUGA